UGUCAUUCAAAAAAAUUUGUAAGCACAACUAUUUUCAGCAAGGACUGGAAAACAAGCAUUCACGAAUUCCUACAUAACACAUACCCAACAAAGGCCACCUAAAUAUUUGAGUUUUACAAACAGAAUUGAACUGAAAAGUUUGCUUUUAAAUCAUGCAAACCUUGAGCUAAGCUUCUUAGUAAUCCUCCUACUCUUGACACUUCCUGCAGCAAGUGUUGGUAAACUUCCUCUUUAGCUGCAGAAACUUGUUUCAACGUGAGACAAGCCAUUUCAGAGCUGCUCGACUCCUAGCACGGCCUGUCCUCUUAAGGCUUCAAACAAAAAAUAAGAGAAUGCUUGCCUGACAGAAGACAAAGGAGGAGACGUACUUAAACAGACUGCAGGAAAAUGGUCAGCAACACAGUAAUAUUGCUUCUCUUCUGUGGAGAAAUUUGGAAAUCACUUUCCACUGAAAUACCUUCAAAUGUUUCCACAAGUGAAAGCAUCGUGCAUACCAGCACCAGCAGCACGGCAGAAGACAGAUCUACCACAAACCAACUGCAAACAACCGGCCCCAGCAUGCAGAAGCCUGCAGGAGCGCUGACUGCUGCAACAACACUGCCACAGCUGCCCGAACCAUACAUAGAGCCCACUAACGGGAGCUGGGUGGCAGCAAUGAUAAUGGGCAUUGUUUUGGUUGGUAUGGUAAUUGCUAUUAGUAUGAUUGUUAUAUGGAAACGCUGCAAGAAGCCAUUGCUAGCUGAUUCAAACUGGGCAGGUCAGUCUCCGUUUGCAGACGGAGACACUCCAGAUACCUUUGUGGACUCCGGCCAGGCUACCAAGCGUUUGUCAGUUUUAUUUAUGUUGCCUUGGAAAUUAAGAGAAGAAGCAUCCGUACAGCACGACCCUCCUGCAUCGGAGAAACCACCCAACGGCACGGCCAGCAACACCUGCAGGCAGCAGCCCGCAGCAGAACACAGCUGCUCCGCCACCGACCCUGCUGCAGCAGCGGCUCCCGGCCCAGAAGCAGCGAGCCCAGAGCAGGUGCUGCACCCACAGCCUGCCGAGGGCCUCGAGCUGCCGCCUCCCCCUGCGUGGCUCACUGAGCUCACUGAGCCGGCCGAGCAGCACGCCGCCGAUCCUGGCCAGCAAGAGGAACUUCACUCGGAAGUGAAGGAACCGUAUCCCCCACCGCUCCAGCUAAUUACUGAAGAGAUCUGUGAACCUCCGCCACCUCCAGAACAGCCUCAGUAGACUGCCAAAAUAACUUUCCAAAACGCUUCUCAUUUUUCUUAAACGAAGCACUCUUCAAAUAACUGAGUAAUGGAGAAGUUGACACAGGCAAGAACAGCGAAACCACAGCAAGAGCAACAGCUCCCCGGCAUUUCUCAACUUCAGCUUUCACAAAAGGGAAGAAUCCCUUUCUGCCUGCAACAAAUCUUGGCAGAAUACAGCACGCCUGGUGCCACUGCAUGGCCUAAUAGUGACUCCACUGUGCAGAUAACAAAUGAUUCCCGAUUUUGGAGACUGCAGAAAACUGCGUGUACCCCUGUGUUCAGCACAUGCAACACACAGAUGGAUGUGCACAGUGAAACUUUAGAGGGGCUCAGAGCUUCUUGCAAAGGUUUGUUCUAUUAGACUACGUAAAUGAACGCAAUGAAUUCAAGUUAAUUUUAAUAAAGCUUUCUAAUUCGAAGAUGUUUUGGUUGCUUAAAGCAUAACAGAGUUAUUUGCUUAGAUACAAAGCUUCUAAUUCAAAACAGUCUAAAUGCUCUGGCAUGCAUACAUACAGACUGCCUCAUACAGAGGUCUGUUUUCUGCGUCAGAUGGAGGAGCCACUUGGGAACAGAGGAUGACAGGUAUUUAAAGCAAAUCCUUCAGCAGCCAGCAGUCCAGAUCAAAGACCGAUGAAAUGCAUACUGUAAAAACUCUCAUUAUUUUGUUUUAUUUUUCAGUAGUAUAGUAGCGUAUUUUUGAUAGUAUAGUGGCUGUGAAAAAGAGGAUAUGACUCCAAACACAUGAAAAACAAAAAGGUGGUGUUUUACCCAGACGCUGGUUUUGGUGGAUGAAACAAACAGUUCACAGAACAUCCAGACAGACAACUAUCAGAAUUAGCUGCACAUGUUUACCAAUUUCUUCCUUUUGUUCCUCUCAAGCAGGAUUUUCAGAAUGGAUUCAAUGUAAUCAAUCUUUAAAAAUUGGUUUAAGGUUGUCUGGAUUGCAGGUUCCUUUAAUUCCAGGUGCCCAGGUUGGCCCAUCCUUUCUGGGCCUCAAGUACGAGAUAAGUUCACUACCCUGUCCAGAACCAUGCAUUUUUAUUUUAACUAUUUGAUGGAAAAUUGAAGGGAAUUCUCAGAGGUAAAUUACAAGCAUGCAUAUUUUACUGGCAUUUAAUGCCUAGAUUUGUAGAAAGAUAAGAUUUGUAGAGAGAAGCUGCUAGAUCCUAAUGCUAGGUUUCCAUGACAUCUCUGCAAAAUGACAAAGAACUUGCAGCUUUGAGUUUGCUGGGGGAGGGAACAUGUUUGGAUGUCACAUAGGCCACCUGUUCAUACCUGUUACAAUGGACAUUCCAUUCCAACCGCAUUCUGGUUGCUCAAAGACUUUGAGGCUUUAUGCAUUGCACCAUGUUAAAAUAUAUGCAUAUAUUUUAUAUGUGACAAAUGUGUGCAUUACAAACUAUGCAUACCCUUGCCAUAUUGUUUGGAGCAAAGCAGAUAAAGAUUUCCUUAGAAAGUGGUAAAUUCCUGCAGUAUGUGCUGCUGGGUAUAAACCCAACAACACAGAGACAACCUGAUCCAAGCAGCACAAAACCAAGGAUUUUUAAAUUAGGAAAAGAUAUUCUGGCAGGGUAGCUUAAGUAAGCUCGAGAAAGGAAACCUAAAUUAACACUAACCCUUCUUACUGGAACAGAGACUAAAUGAAAGCAGAAAAGAGCACAAUUCACAGGACUUCUAAAAUAGAAACAUUUAAAUGGGUUCAUACACUAAGCUAAGAAAAUUUUAUAUGUAAUGUUUUGAUGCAGUAUCGCGGCUACAAAUACAUAAAGAAGUUAACUGAUUCAAAUUAGAAAACCCAACUAUUUUAUUGAAUAUGUAUGCUUUGCAAUAAAUUUGAGUCAGCACCAGCGACAGCUCUGCAGUCCUCCAAUGUAGUGCAGAUCAGGUGGUUGCAGAGCCCCAGCUAGCAGCAAUACGAUGCAGCUGAAGAGGCAAGCACAAUCCACAGACAGCAACUGUAGCUACUCUCUAGAACAAGACGACCUCUAAGCUUAAAUCUUUCACAGAAAUAAUGUGCUGAUAUUGCAGAAGACAUUACGGUAAGUUUGUGUUUUCUGUUUUUAAUCACAAAACCUACUACAAAAGUAGAGACAGAAAUAAGAACGAAAUUAUUAGUUGAUGAGAGAUGCUUGCACCAGGAAUUUGCUGCAGUGUCAGAGAUUUCUUACUAACAUUAAUUCAGCUUUCAAACAUGUGUUAGCUUUGGGAAUGUAACUGACACGAUAAUAAGGAAAAGUACUAAUGUGCAUGUUACUAUGAAUGCAGAAUUUGGGUUUCCAACCAAAUUCCUAACCAAUUUAAGAUGUAUUUUAAGCAAUUCUACUUAAGCAAAUAGCAUGCCUGGAUGGGGGGUUCUGCUACAUUACUGCAGAGAUUUGUAAAGCAGAUCCAGUUGACAGCCAUUUUUUCAUCCUGUAUAAAAGAACACAUUAUUCCAAACAUAAUAUAGGCUUGAAAUCACUAAAAACAAGAAGCAGACAUUGUAUAACGUUUGGAAGAGACUUGCAUUUUCGGAAGAAAGCCCUCAUUUGAGCUUGAGGGGGAAAGGCAGAUGAAAAAACAAGUCUCGUUCUGCCAGACAACAUGACAGGCUCUGAAGGGAUGCUUUGUGAAGUCUCUCUUGAACAAUUACAAAAAGGACCGUGCCACAAAGGGGUUUAUUGAUAUUUUUACUUAAUUUCUGCUGCAACUAAUCACUGCAAAGACAGCCCUUACAAAUAAAUAAAAUACAUUACAUGGAUUUCAAGGGUGUCAUUUUUGU